GAACGCAUAAAAUAAAUGAAAUGCCUCAACACCAAAUCAGUGGAUUGUUGACAUUUCUCGACUCACAGUGUGUCGAAAGAGGCGAAGUGCGCAGCCAGUGUGUUUGCCAAAAAGGUGCAUCAUGUUUUUAAAUUUAACUGUACACAAAUCUUUGAGUCAUAACAAAAAAUAAAUUUCUGAAGGCUGGUGCUAAACAAUUUCAAGCAGCAAACAUGGUGUCGUCAAAGAAAAUUAUAUUUUUGGCAUGUGGUUCAUUCAACCCUCCUACACCGAUGCACUUACGAAUGUUCGAAAUCGCACGUGAUCAUUUUCGUGAACGAGCCGAGUAUGAGGUCAUUGGCGGCAUUAUAUCACCGGUACAUGAUUCAUAUGGAAAGCCCGAAUUGGCACUCGGAAAAGAUCGAUGUGCAAUGGUUAAAAUAUCACUUCAAACAUCCGACUGGAUACGAUUGUCCGACUGGGAAUGCAACGAACAAAGCGACUGGACGCGCACACGUAUCUCAUUGCAAUAUCAUCAGAAUUACAUCAAUUCAGUGCUGAACGAUAGUACAACGAACGGAGUCAGUGGAACCAUACCGAGCUGGCUACCACCAAAUAUUUACAAGUACAAAGGAGACAGAGUGCAAGUAAAACUUCUAUGUGGUGCCGAUUUGCUGGAAUCAUUCGCAACACCAAAACUUUGGAAAGAUGAUGAUAUUGAAGCUAUGCUCGGUGAACAUGGUAUUGUGGUGAUCACUCGAAGUGAAACCUGCCCUGAAAAGUUUAUCUUCCAAUCGGAUUUGUUGACCAAAUACAAGCAUCGUAUAGAUAUCAUAACGAAUUGGGUGCCAAAUGAAGUGAGCUCAACGCUGGCACGUCGGUAUUUGCGUCGUGGCCUCUCUGUCAAGUAUAUGCUAGACGAUAAUGUGGUCGAAUAUAUUCGACAUAAAAAGUUGUUCGGUGUUGAUUCGGCUAAGUAUAUCAUAACUCCAGGCGAGAGUGAAACAACGGCGGUUCAAUCAUUAUCACCAAAUUAUAUAAAUGACAACUAUAUUAAGAAAACGGACCAAGCCAAUUACAAUUACGAAACGAUGGACGAAACGGAUCAUACGCCAAAAAAGUCUUCUUUAAAAUCGACAGCUACAAGCGAUGAUGCGACAGCAACAACGGCGACCGAUGAUGAUCGAUCGCGACGAUUGUCGGCCAAUCAACCGAAAUGCCGGCUCAGUCGUCCCGGUCAGGCCAUCCAAAUUCGCACUGACAUGAACGGAACACGUACAAUUGAUCACGAGGAUGAGGUGGGUGUCUGUAAAAUAAGCACAAUCACUCUAUCACCCGAUAAUAAAUCGCUGGAAAAGAAAAUCGAAUAUAUAUCCGAUAAUCAGCUAGAUAAGCUUACCAACGGUGUCAGUGACAACGAUCAUCACGGCAGUGUCGAAAGCGGCGGUGGUGGCGGCAGUGGUGAUCGUGUUACUGGCAGCAAAUCCAUUGAUACACUUAGCGCCGAGUGUUUGCCAAGCACUACAAAACGUAGCCAAAACGAUCUCAUUCAGUUUGUUUUCACGUCGCAUGGAAUUCGCGUGAUCAGUGACAAAGAAUACGUUGUUUAAUUCUUCCCCUCAAAAUAUACCAAUCAAAAUGUACCAAUCACCUCAAUCCAAAAUGCCAACGAAAAAAAAAAACAUGCAGCAACAUUUGUAUCAUUCGCUCAAGUUAUGAGUGACUAUUAAAUUUGUAACCAUAUUUAGAAAUCUAUAAAUAUUCAUGUUGAAUUAGUUUCACUAGGAAAAAUAUAACAAACACAAACAAGAGAACAUUUUUACAUUUACUCGGAAACACGAAACCAAAUUUACCACGCAUACUCAAAAUCUUCUUGCUCAAAUGCAUAAGCAUCGCUCUAUGCAAGUCAAACAUCAUACAAUACACAGAACAAGUAGAAAGAAACAAACAAAUGACAAUGCCAACAAAGUUGAUCAGAUAAUUUAGAUGUCGUUAUUUUCAUUUUUGAGUUCAUACAUUAUGGACUUGAAAUCGGUAAAAAUGGUUAUGCAUUUGGACUUUGCAUAUUUUACAAUUUAUAUACUCGACAGACGCAGAACAAACAAAUUCGAAUCGUUUGUUUUUAGGAUUUCGAGCGCAAUGAGAAAACAAAAAAAAACAAACAUAGACAAAACCCAGAAUUUAUGUAGUAAAAACUAUUAAUCGCCAAAUAGACACAAUUGAAUUCGCUGUUUGGUUUGCUCAGUUGUCUCGUUCUUUUUUUUUAUUUAGGUUUGAUAGACGAUUUUAGAAAUGUUAGUCGUGUUGAACAUAUAUAUAAUUUGCAUGUAUUUCACAAGUACAUUUCGUUGGUAGACUUUGAUACCCUUUCCAUUUGAUUUUCUUUUUCACUUUCUCCCAUUUCGAUUUUUUUCAUUUCAAUUUUAAUUCAUUUCUACAUUAAUGGAAUGUUGUUUGCAUUUUUUUUUUCUUCAAUUUUUUUUUGUUUAUUUUCAGGUUGAUUCAAAAAGACGUAAAAAGUCUUCUGCAUGCGAUACAUGAUUGAGCCAAUGGACAAUUUGUUUAAUUCCAUCUUCUCCAAUGAAGAAAAACAAACGUGACCAUUUCUCAAAUUCAUCUGUAGAUCCAAGCGAUCUGAUGAAUAUGUGAUGUUAUUGCUAUUGAACAUUUGGCGCAUUAGAGAGUCGUGUUUUUUUUUUCUUUCAAUUUGAUUUUAUUAUCGAUGUUUUUUCGGCCCAUUUUUUUCUUCGUUACUAUUCUGUAAAUUGGUUUUUUGUUAUUCUCGUUAAUUGAUACCGCUAAAUUUAUGUACGACUUGCUAUUUGUAUUCCUAAACAAAGGUAAACCAAAACUCUAUUUAAAUAUAUAUCUAUAUAUCUUGACUCAGAACAAAUCAAUUAUAUAAGAAUUUAUUCCUUUAAUUCAUCGACUGAAUAAAAAAAAAUUAAACAUGUUAAUUAGAUGCAUCAUAAGUAAUGAUGCAAUUUUAAAAAUUCCAAACCAAAAUAAAGGAACAUUUUGAACGGACAAAUAAAA